AGCGGCCGGCCCCGCUCCUUCCACGCUGUCUCCACCCAGCCUUGGGCUGGAGGCGGCCUCGGGGUCCCCCGAGCCCCUCGCGCUCUCAGCCCUGAACUUUCCCCACCCCCACACAGCUCACGGGGAAAGGGGCCCGGGUCGUGCGUGGGGAGGGGCUGCAGGCCGGGGCAGAGAGCAGGAGUGGGGCGUGAGAGCGGGAGAAACGGGGAGAAGAGCGCGGGGACUGCCCCCCAGCCCCUCUGGGCGCUCUCUGCCAAAGCGCUGUCCCGAUGUUCGGGAGUGGUGUCAGCCCCCCCGAAAGACCCAGUUCCUGGAGGGCAGGAACCCCAGUGCUCGCCGCAGAGUGACACAUAGAAAAUUGCUUUGAGUCUGGGAGGUGGACAAAGUGAAGAAGCAAGAUGAGCUAUAAUACUGGUGCAGUCUCCAGACAGCCGGGCAGGGAGCUGCAGUGCUGAUGCUGAGGGGCCUCCGGGGAUGGAGAGUGGCCUGGCUGGCGGCAGCACAGGAGAUGAGCUGGUGAUGAAGAUCAAGCAAGAGAAGCCAGAGUGGCUGCUGCGGACUCUGGCGCCGCUGGCCGCGCUUUCCCAGAAGGAUAAGGAGAACAUCUUCCAGCAGCAUCGGGGCCCCUUGCCAUGCCAGACCGCGGGGAAGCCACGAGCCCUGGGGGGACAGGAGGAGACUGGGGGUUCAAGGUGGGCCCCUUCCACUGAGCAGGACAGCGGUCUGGCUGGCCGAGCUCCGGGGGCGGCCUCUGGCCCCCUAAGCCCCACUCUUUCUGCGGCCGAGGGUCACUUCGUGUGCCUGGACUGUGGGAAGCGGUUCAGCUGGUGGUCGUCGCUGAAGAUCCACCAGCGCACACACACCGGCGAGAAGCCGUACCUGUGCGGCAAGUGCGGCAAGAGCUUCAGCCAGAAGCCCAACCUGGCGCGCCACCAGCGGCACCACACGGGCGAGCGGCCCUUCUGCUGCCCCGAGUGCGCCAGGAGCUUCAGCCAGAAGCAGCACCUGCUCAAGCACCAGAAGACCCACGCUCGGCCCGCCGCCCACCCGUGUCCCGAGUGCGAGCGCUGCUUCCGCCACCAGCGCAUCCACACGGGCGAGCGGCCCUACCCGUGCCCCGAGUGCGGCCGCCGCUUCAGCCAGAAGCCCAACCUGACGCGGCACCGUCGCAACCACACGGGCGAGCGGCCCUACCUGUGCGCCUCCUGCGGCCGCGGCUUCAGCCAGAAGCAGCAUCUGCUUAAGCACCAGCGCGUUCACCGGGGGGCCGUGCUCAGUGCUCGCAGCCCUCCUCGUUCCGCCAGCCAGGUUGCUGGCGAGUUAGACCUCCCAGCCUCACGGGGCUGCUGUGAGGCUGCGGCGACGUUGGCGACUGCGGCGCUGCGGCGGCACGGAGGGCUGGGGAGGCGGCGCCAAUUGCAGCCAGAAGUGCCCAUGACCGAGCUGGCGUCCUCCGGGGGCGGGUCCCCUGCUGGGGACGGGGAGGAGGGUCUGGGGGACGAUCGAGGCCUGGUCAUCCACCACCCCGCGGAGGAGCAGCCGCACCGCUGCCCGCUGUGCGGCCAGACCUUCUCGCAGCAGCCCAGCCUGGUGCGGCACCAGAAGGCGCACGCCGGGGCGGGCCGCGCGGCCGCCUUCGUGUGUCCCGAGUGCGGCAAGGCCUUCAGCGUCAAGCACAACCUCGAGGUGCACCAGCGCACCCACACGGGCGAGCGGCCCUUCCCCUGCCCCGAGUGCGGCCGCUGCUUCAGCCUCAAGCAGAACCUGCUCACGCACCAGCGCAUCCACAGCGGCGAGAAGCCGCACCAGUGCGCUCAGUGCGGCCGCUGCUUCCGGGAGCCGCGCUUCCUGCUCAACCACCAGCGCACCCACGCGCGCAUGCCCGCGCCGCACCCGCGCCGCCCCGGCGUCUUCGGGGAGCGCAGGCCCUACUUCUGCUCCCGCUGCGGCAAGAGCUUCGCGCGCGAGGGCUCGCUCAAGACCCACCAGCGCAGCCACGGCCACGGGCCCGAGGGCCAGGCGGCCCAUUUAGGCCGCGUGCUCUGAUGCGCGCAAGGCCCGCCACUGGCUGUUUCCUGCCGCAGAGCCUCAUCCGUGACCCUUGGAGAUGGCGCUGGGCUGCGGCCCCCUCUCUGGAUGGGAUGUCGGGAGACGAGGAGGGCUGGCCUGGGGUAUCGAAGGAGUGGACCGCUACCUGGCUUGGGCCGCCUCUUUCUGCUCCUCCCCCAGGACCCUCCGGCUGGGUGCACACAGCUGCUUUGGGCCCCUGCGUUGGUUUUCCUCUUCAAGCCCACCCAGCUUAGAGCAG